UGACCUGUUUGUUCUGGCCAGAACCCAAGCUGCAACACAUAAGUGUGUAUUUUUUCAAAAGUCCACAUUGUAAUUUAAAGGAUAUGAGGUCAUUUGUGCAUUCUUUCCUGUACUGUAUAUGAAGCAGCUGACCUAUGAAAAUCCAGUUCCAUUUCAUAAACAAUUUUAAUUCUAUACCUCAAAGUGGCUUUUGGACCAGAGAGUUAUGGUUCAAGUCCCGUUGCUGACGAGAAUUAGAUCUUGGAGAGACGCAAGCUUGCUUCCGUCACAACUGUCAAGACCCUUUGAGCAAGGCUUUUGUUAUUUUAGUUUUUCCUCAUACUGAGGUAGAGGACCGAUGGCGUCCAAAUAGACAAUAUUUGACCAUCAUUUUCUCUAUAUGUAUUAUUCUACUCAAGAAAAUUAAACUUAGUCAUUUCCAAUAAUAAACGAGACCAACUGAAGUGAGUAUGAAAUUUCCGUUUUCAUUCCCGUUCCACUGUAAAAAUUACACGCCAGCAAAACGCUAUUCUGUCAUUAUUCACCCGUUUAGUCACACACUCAACACGCUCGUCUAAUGUUGACAAAUCGCUCGUCGCGCGCCAGUGACACGUUAGCACACGCUAAUUGUUUUUAAGGGUAUCUUAUUUGGUCGCUGUUACACGCUUCUCGUGCGUUAGAGACACGUUAAGUCAUGCGUUAGACACACGUUAAUCACACGCCAGAUGUGUCAUCCGCGUUUGAGAACGCUGAAAAACAGAACGAUUGAAAUAUUCAGAGAACGUUGACAAGAACGUCAUGGUGUGACGGAGCCUUAAGGAAUGAAUCAAAAUCAUGGCUGCUGUCCUCUUUCUAUUUCUUCAUUUUCUCACUGCCUCAGCGUUGGAAUCCACUUCUGACAAAGAAUCACUCUUGAAGUACCCACAUCUCACGAGGUGUGUGUCCACCAACAUGGAGACUUUCUACUGCAGAUGGGAUGUUGGAACCUUCCAGAACCUCUCGAAUCCAGAAGAUGUGCGCUUAUUCUACAUCAGCAAAUUAGCCUGGGAUGCACCUUCUAAAGAGUGGAGUGAAUGUCCUCACUACUCCCUAGAAAGGUUCAACGAGUGUUACUUCAAUGAAAACCACACAUUAAUUUGGACAGAAUACAGAGUUCAACUCCGUUCAAGAGAUCAAACCAUCCUCUACGAUGAGAAACACUUCAAUGUCCAGGACAUUGUGCAACCAGAUCCUCCUCUCGACCUGAACUGGACAAUACUGAAUGUGAGUUUGACUGGAAGCUUCUAUGAUGUAAUGCUCAGUUGGAAGCCGCCUCCAUCUGCUGACGUGAAGAUGGGAUGGAUGACUUUGCAAUAUGAAGUCCAAUACCGCAAAGAAGAUUCAGAACACUGGGAUACGACUGAGCUCGUAAAGAGCACUCAUCGUUCCUUGUACGGAUUUCAAAGUAAUGUCAAUUAUGAAGUCCGAGUCCGCUGCAAAAAGCAUGGCGAGAAGAGGUUUGGAGAGUUCAGUGACUCUAUAUUUGUCCACGUUCCAUCUGAAGCAUCAAGAUUUCCUUUAAUGGCUUCGGUCAUCUUUGGCACCUUUUGCUUGAUGGCCACCCUGAUGUUGGUUAUCUUAUUGAAGCAGGAAAAGUUGAUGGACAUCGUUUUACCACCUGUUCCUGGACCUAAAAUACGAGGAAUUGACCCUGAGCUACUAAAGAAUGGGAAGCUAAAGGAGUUUACCUCCAUCCUGGGCUCCCCCCCUGACCUGAGGCCAGAGCUGUGCACCAAUGAUCCCUGGGUGGAGUUCAUCGAUCUAGACUUUGAGGAGCAGAGCGACCGAAUAACGAACAUGUACACUGAUUUCCUCAUGGAUCGCUCCUUGUUCUCCAAUUUGUCACAUCUUUCCAUCGGAUUCAGGGAUGAUGACUCAGGCCGUGCAAGCUGCUGUGAUCCUGAUCUUGCCAGUGAUCCGGAAACUUCACAUUUCCAUUCCCUCAUCACAAACCAAAUCCGCCAUAAGGAGCCAGCUGAUGCUACCUCUGCCGGACCUCGCUCUCCAAGCCCGAGUACCACAGCAGGAGAGCCUCCUUCAGUAGUCAGUGUCAAAGAAGCAUUGUAUACACACGUAAGCGAGGUCAAGCCUUCCGGUAAGGUACUGUUGUCCCCUGAGGAUGAGAUGGAGGAAAACACACUCAAAGACUCCAAAGAAAUUAAAACAUCUGAAAAAAACCUCUUGGUAAAUACAGAUGACAGAGGUUACACUUCAGAGCUCAAUGCAGGAACAAUGAGCCAAUCUUUGCUGACGUGCAAUGUCAGGGACUCAUUUUCAACUGGGGAAGACUUGAGUUCUAUCCCAUGUUCAUCAUUAGAGGACUACCAUCAAUCUUCCCAUGAAUCAGUUAUAAAUCCCCUAUCGCACUUCUCCCCUACUUUUGUCUAUACUGUAGUAGAGGAUGUCGACAGGCAAAACAGCCUCGUACUGACAACAAAUUCAAUACCUAGCCUGCAGCUGACAGUCUCAAAGGACUUACCGACACCAGAGGGCUACCUGACCCCCGACCUUUUGGAAAGUAUUACACCAUUAACCUGAACCGACCGUUCUAAACUUAAAAUGUACAGUCAGUUAACAGUAGAGACAAACUCCUAAAAUAUUCUUUAUGAUUAAUGGCUGAGAUUCUUAUGCUUCAGUAUUGAAUGUCACUUGGCCUAAAAUAGAAAAGGAUAACCAUCCUGCCACCGAGUCUACAGGCUCUGGUCUGUACUACCCCCGACUGGCAAGAAUGCUCAUUACUGCGGGAACAAAAGGGAACACAGACACCAUAAAGCAGAAUUUAACUCUAUUGCCAUUUCCUCUAGGUUCAAGUUUGGUCAUUUUCAUUUUUCAGAAAUUGAUUGCGUUGGUCAGUCCCCACAUUGGUGUAUUUUAUUUUAUUUUAUUUUUCCAAAUUAUUGAUCAAUCUAAAGUAUUUAAAAUGCAUUGGUCUCUGACCCUGCAAUGUUAAUGGCUUGCAAACAUUCUUUAUAUUGUUUUGGGUUUUCCUAAAAACCGAUGAUUGUGGACGUGAGGAUUUUAAUAUCUUUUCCAUUUGUGAUGUCACGUCAGUUUGCGUGAAUGUGUUUUUUUUAUAUGGUUUUGCUAGCUAAUACUAUCAAUGAGACUCAAUGAAGGUGGUUUAUGUUGAAUAAUUUUACUAAAUAUUACUUUAUGUACCAUUGAUUAUGUACAAUUUAGAAGCAUGGUGAUGCUUUAUGGUCCUUUUUUAAGUGCUUUUCUGUCUUCUUGUGGCAUAUACUCUAUGUAUGUAACAAGUUGCAAAUGCCUUUUUCAGUGGGCUCAAUUAUUUGCAGAUUUUUGAAGCCCCUCCAAAUAGGAAGGGCUUACCAAUAUAUUAUUUUUGUGUCAACAUCAUUAAAUUCUACCCACUCUAACCCCGUCAGCUCGCAGACAGGGUGUUGUUUCCCUCUUCUGUAAUUUACUUUAUACAGCUGCAGUCAUGAAAAAAUAGUUUUACAUCUUAAACGCAUCUAUUUCUUCUUAUACUGUAAACAUACUCUGUAUCCUGAAAACAUUUCUACUUAUACGGUCCUUAUAUUCCAUAUUCUGAAUGAAAACUCAUAUAAAACCAUUCAUUUUGCACUUACGGUCUCCUAUGGAAUUCAUGCUGCACUUAUAUCAUGCUAUACUGAUAUUGUAAAUAAUGUAUUAAAAAUGUUUGCCUAUAAAUGUCGGAAAAGUGACACAAAAAUAUAUAAUAUAUAUUAUUGGCAUAGCCAAUCAUAGUUUUUUUUUUAUAUAUAAACAUUUGGACAUCCAUAUUUAUUUUCCUGACCCCUUUUUAAUUGUACUCCCUAC